AUGGAGGACGCCAUCGACCUCGACCUCGACGCCGCCGCCGGCCUCACCUCCCUAGCCUCGUCCGGCGUCGUCGCCCCCUCCGGAAAAGGCAAGCCUCGUGCCCCGCGCAAGACCGCUGCGGCGACCAAGCCGAAGAAGGCGCUGACGCCCGAACAGUGGGCAAGGGAGUCGGCCAAGAGGAAGGGCCGGAGGCACGCCGCGGACGCGAGGGAUAAGGGCAUAUUUCCAACAGCAUCAGCUUGCAACCCGGUCCCCGGCUUCCACGUCUACCCGCAGGCCUCCCGCCUCUUCGGGGAGUGCUCACCCGACGUGAGCUUGGUCACGCCUUCCACGCCCGCGCCCGCGCCCAUCAACCUCAAGGCCACCCCGGUGGUCGGUGGCUCGUCGUCCGGCGGCACGAGGAAACGCGCGCGACAGACGCCGGCCGGCGGUCUCCCGGACGCCCGUAACCUGUUCGAGGAAAUGCCGUCCGCCGUCGACGAGGACUACAUGCAACACCUCAUCUUCGAGGGUGGUGCGCCGGGCGCUGGCUACGAUCCUGAGGAGACGCAAAGCCAGGACGGCCGUGGGGCGUUCACGCCGGCCGCUGGCUAUGAUCCCGAUCAGGCGGCCUUCAUGCGUGAUCAGGUCGGCAUCGACCUGGACGGCUUCCCCCUCGACCACGAGUUCCCGGACGACUAUGGGCUAGAGGAAGAGGACGAGUGCGACAUCGAAGUGGAGCCUUUGUUCGAGGACGAGCUCGCCAACCAAACCGCCGGUCCUAAGUCGAAGCGCAAGAGCAAGCGCACGAAGGCGUACACAGCUGCCGAGGACAAGCUUCUUUGCGAGUGUUGGCGAGACAUUGGACAAGACCCAAAGACGGGCGCCGAGCAAAAGCAUUCAACCUUUUGGACUCGUGUGCACCGCGAGUUUCAUGAGCGCAAUAAGUUUCCACCUUACCAAUUUGUGAGCACGCGCGGGUGGGUCUCCAUUUCCAAGCGGUGGAGGGUGAUCCAACAAGAGUGCAACAAGUUUUGCGCCACCCUUGAGAGCGUCAAGGCCCGCCCCGUGAGCGGCAUCGGCGUGCAAGACAUGGCAUUUCAAGCUUUGGAGGCAUUCAAGGUUCAACACAAUGGCAGGUGCGUCAACCUCUCCCAUUGCUAUCGGGUCAUCAAGGACGAAGAGAAGUUCAAGGCACAAUAUGCCGCGCUCAAGGCACGUGGGGGGAAGGGCGCCGUGGAGGAUGUUGGGGAGGGCGAGCCGGCACGGCCGCGGGGGAAGACCAACUCCAAGAAGGAGGACAAGCAAGAUGCGGCCACCGACGCCUUGAUCGCAGGCGUGGACGGCAUGAUGAAUAAGAAGGACUCAAGAGAGGAGGAGCGCCGGCGUUUCAAGGCGGAGCAAAUGGAUGCUUUCAUGGAGAUCCAAAGGAGGAGAAAAGAGCUGUGGGAAAGUUGCUUCUUUUAUUACCGGGCCUGCCUGCCUGCCGUUCCCCCGGCGUCACGGCUGCAUCUCCCUCCCUCGGCUGAGCGAGCAGAGCUCCCUCCCUCCGUCUCUCCCCGUCCCUUGGCCUCCCUCCCGGCUAUAAAAAACACUCGCCUCCCUCCAAUCCCUCUUCCCCGACCCGAUCGAUCCCACCCCACCCCACCCCGCGUGCCCGCCCACCUCUCUCACACGACGGCAAUCACCGACGCCGACCGAUCCGGCCGCCGCGCGGAGCAGGGGAGGAGCCAGCCUCGCGUUUCGGGCCGGCCAGAGCGCGCGAUGCGUCCGGGCGGGCCGCCGAACGCGCGGCCGGGGCUGCAGCAGCAGCAGCCGGGCACGCCGGGCCGCGCGCGGCGCCGGCCGGAUCUCACGCUCCCGCUCCCGCAGCGCGACCUGACGUCGCUGGCCGUGCCGCUUCCGCUGCCCCCGCCCCCGUCCUCGGCUCCGUCGUCCACGUCCUCGUCCGGGUCGGGCGGCGCGUCGUCCAUGCCCAUGCCCAUGUCCAUGACCCCGCCCAACUCGGCCGGCUCCGCGCCGCCCGCGCCCCCGCCGCUCGGCGAGCUGGAGCGCGUGCGGCGCGUCGGGAGCGGCGCCGGCGGGACGGUGUGGCUGGUGCGGCACGCGCCCACGGGCCGCGCCUACGCGCUCAAGGUGCUCUACGGGCACCACGACGAGGCGGUCCGGCGGCAGAUCACGCGCGAGAUCGCCAUCCUGCGCACGGCCGAGCACCCGUCCAUCGUGCGCUGCCACGGCAUGUACGAGCAGGCCGGCGAGCUGCAGAUCCUGCUCGAGUACAUGGACGGCGGGUCCCUGGACGGCCGCCGCAUCGCGUCCGAGUCGUUCCUCGCCGACGUGGCGCGGCAGGUGCUGUCGGGGAUCGCCUACCUGCACCGGCGCCACAUCGUGCACCGCGACAUCAAGCCGUCCAACCUGCUCAUCGACUGCGCGCGGCGCGUGAAGAUCGCCGACUUCGGGGUGGGGCGCAUCCUGAACCAGACCAUGGACCCCUGCAACUCCUCCGUGGGCACCAUCGCGUACAUGAGCCCCGAGCGCAUCAACACCGACCUCAACGACGGCAACUACAACGGCUACGCCGGCGACAUCUGGAGCUUCGGCCUCAGCAUCCUCGAGUUCUACCUGGGCCGCUUCCCGCUCGGGGAGAACCUGGGGAAGCAGGGCGACUGGGCGGCGCUCAUGUGCGCCAUCUGCUACUCCGAGUCGCCGGCGGCGCCGCCCACCGCGUCCCCGGAGCUGCGGAGCUUCAUCAGCUGCUGCCUCCAGAAGAACCCGGCGAAGCGGCCGUCGGCGGCGCAGCUGCUGCAGCACCGGUUCAUCGCCUCGCCGCCGCCGCCGCAGCAGCCGCAGGCCCUCGCCGCCCCGCCGUGCUGACGGCCCGCCCGCCGUAACCAAGUUAAAUUCGGAGGGAUCAUGGACGGACGGACGGACGGUGGCCGGCGGCGAGACGUGGGAUCUAGGAGGAGGGGACAUCGAUCUUUCUUCCUUCUAGCCAUUUUGGGUAGUGAAGCCAGCACCACAAAUUUACCCAUCCAUCCCUCUGUUGUUGCUGUCGCUCCUGAAAUUAAGCUCAAGCUUUUCUUUAGUUUCUCUGUUAAAUGUUAAUUAAAUGUUGUCUCCUUCAAAUGAUGAUUCUGAUGAGGAUAAUGAAGAUAUAAUAUGGUCCGUUAAGAAACCAA